AUGCCAUUGACAGGUACUUAUGAUGGAAUAACCAAUAGAUAUCUUGAACUUCUUGGUAUUUCUCCAUUAGACAUGCAGAGCCAGAUUGAAUUUUUGAGACAUCUUUUGUUUUUCUGGAAACUUUCUCCCCAAUAUAUUCAAGUGGUAUUAGGUCUUGAGGCGAUCUUCAUUUGGCUUGAAAACGAUGUUCUUGCACAAAACCCAUGUGAGCCCUGGGCUUGGGAUAUUUUAAAGGAAAAAUUGCUAUCCUUCAAGGAGGAUCCCUCGGUAAUCAACUUUGUCGAGCAUUUCGUAUCGGAAUACUCUCACAUGGAAGGGUCUGUCGCUAUAACAUCUCCAACGCUGAGCAUGAUGCUUUGGCUAAAACAGCACUUUGGUUCGUAUCUGACAGCAGAAUCCCUGUCUCACGGGGUCUUUGCAGUCUGCAUCGAAUAA